AUGCUGACCGUGCCCGCGGUGGCGGACGCGGUUUUGACUGAGGGUCGCGUGGCCGCGCUGAUCGACGCACUCGAGACGCUCGGCGGCGGCGAGGAGGGCGGCGGCGAGGAGGGCGGCGGCGGCUGCGGCGGCUGCGGCGACGUUUGGGCGAUGCGGGUGUGGCUGCUGAGCGGGAAUCUGACAGCCGCUGCGUUCACCUUGAUGAAGGAUAAGCAACCCAACCGGCCUGGUGGCGGCGGCGAUGGCGCCGGCGCCGGCGGCGGCGCCGCCAUCACCCGCGCGCAGCUCGCCCUGGCUGGAGCCAUCGCCCGGCCGGCCGCCGUGCGCGCGCUGCUGCGGGCGGCGCACGCGCAGCUGUCGGCGGAGCUGUUUGAAGGGGACCCUCUCUUCAUGCUUGAGAAGGUGUUCCAGGCCGCAGACCUGCUGCAAGGACGCGCCAUGCAAGCUCCCCUCGCCAUGCCUUAUGAGCCGUCGUCCUCCGUCGCCGACCCGUACGUCGCAGCGCGCGCGACGUGGCAGGGCGCGGACGUGGAUUGGCUCUGCGAGGCGCUGCCGCCGCUGCUGGAGCUGCGGCUGGGGGAGCCCAGGCAGCGGCUGGAGACAGUGCCCCGCAGGACGCGCGCACCACGUCAGCAGCAGCAGCAGCAGCAGCAGCAGCAGCAGCAGCAGCAGCAGCAGCAGCAGCAGCCUGCAGAAGGAGGCAGCAGCAGUGGGCUUCAGGAAGCUGAGCUGGAGCAGGUGGCCAUCACCGCCUUGCUGGACGCUGGCAUUGACGCGAUCCCGCCCCUGCUCUUGCUGGCGGCGCUGCGCCCCGGCUGGCGGCCGCAGGUGAUCCGGGCGCCAGGCAUACUGGAGCUGCUGUCGGCUGCGGUGGCCGCCCCACACCAGGGCGACCCCAGCGACAAGGCCCUCCGCACCCUCUGCCUACUGGCCGCGGGCGUGGCGCCGGCGGAUCGCCUGCCUGGCUUUGCGCGCGCCGUGCUAGAGCGGUGCAAUCAGCGGCGAGCCGACGUGUGGGGCGGACUUCCCAAGCUUGAAGGCGAUAACAACAGGGCCGUGGAGGAUGUGUUGGGGUGCCUUGCGGGCUGCUGCCAGGCGGACGGGCGCCUGGGGGAGCGCGCUGCCCUGGCUCUUGCCCAGCUGAGGGCCGGCGAGCUUUGCUUGGUGCCGCCGCCGCCGGUGCAGCAGCAGCAGCAGCAGCAGCAGCAGCAGCAGCAGCAGCAGCAGCAGCAGCAGCAGCAGCAGCAGCAGCAGCAGCAGCAGCAGCAGCAGCAGCAGCAGCAGCAGCAGCAGCCCGACCGCCAGGAGACCUUUCACGUGGCCUAG